AUAAUAUCUGCCAGAGUGUAAACGACAGACAAAACUAGCUUUGCAGUUAUUCAGAAAACUUUGACGGUGUAAGACGCUUUCUAGUUAUCACAAAAAUAGUUUCACUAAGUGUACUAUCAAGUAAAGAACAAUGAAUAUCAAAUUUUUUUAUUUAUUAUCGACUUUUGUCGGAGUUUUUGCGUUAGUUUUAAAUGUGAAUGCUAAAUACGAAAAUGUUCCAUCUGAUAUUCAGAAAACUUAUUUGCCGUACAUUGAUUGCGUUCUAGACCGAAAAUCAUGUAACUUUAUAGGAGACCAAGUUAAAAAAUUGCUGCCUGAUUGGUUUAAAAAUGAAUGUGCUGAUUGCGAUUCGAUGAUAAAAUCAGAAGCAAAAAAAAGGAUACCCAAUAUACAAAAAUAUUUCCCUGAAGAUUGGCAAUUAAUUGAACAAAAGUAUGGUGGUAAAUCGACUGCUAAGCAAACGCGCCCGACAUUUUCGGCACCGAGUAAAUCAACCAUUGUAAUUGGAGGAGAAAAAUCCCGUCCAAAAUUUUCCGCGCCCAGCAAACCAACGGACCAGGACAAUCAACCACGCGAAAAACUAAUAAUAUCGGGAAAUACAGCUUCUCCUGAAGUUUUAUUCGCAAACGAUCAAUCUUUCGGAGCGAAAGCUGUCGUAUGUUUAAUAAUGAAGAAAAAUUGUGACGAGCAAAUGAAGUUCUUCAAAAGAUCAAUUUUUCUUUUUACAAUAAUCAAUACAUGCCCCGGAUGCGAAAAUCCAAAGGUUUAUGAGUUUUUCACACAAACGAAGAAUUUUUUGAAAAAAUCCUUUCCUCAAGUCUUACAAGACAUUAUUGUUAAUAAAGGAGAAUAAGUAGCAUAAUUUAAUAAAUAAUCAUGUUCAUAAACUAUGUAUCGUAUUAACAUUUAUAAAUAACAUCUUCAUUGAAUAAAAUUAUCAAAAUAUAAAAAUAA